UAGGCGGGUACGUGGCUUGCAGCGGCUUUGCACCGAGAGGCUGGAACUGCACUGUCUCAGUCAGAGCAUCUCUUGAGCUCACAGUAACGGUGUGCUAGAGAAGUGUUGGAGCCGACAGAAGACAGCAAAUAAUUCCAAGAGGAGAAUAUAUAUUAAUAGUGGCAAUUUACACACAUCUGGAUAAAUUGCAGUUUUCCACACGGAAAAGAAGUGAGACAAAAAACCCAUCUCAGUGAUACUAGAAGGAAGCGAGAAGAAUAUGAUUCUCAAGCAGCAUUUACUCCUUACCCUCUACAGCUUCUGUGGGAUUCUUCUAAAAGUGGCUGUUACAAAAAGCAAAGUGAAAGGCAGCCAAGGGAGCUUUCCCAUUACUCAGAAUGUGACGGUUGCUGAAGGAGGAACGGUAAACCUGACCUGCAGGGUAGAUCACAAUGACAACACCUCCCUCCAGUGGUCAAACCCAGCUCAACAAACUCUUUAUUUCGGUGAUAAAAAAGCCCUGAGGAACAACCGGAUUGAGCUGGUUCGAUUUUCAUGGCACGAGCUGAUCAUCAGCAUCACUGAUGUGACUCUGUCAGAUGAAGGGCAGUACACUUGCUCUGUCUUUACUAUGCCUGUCAAGACAUCCAAGUCUUUCCUCACUGUUCUAGGAGUCCCUGAAAAACCAGAGAUUGCUGGUUUUAUGAAACCUGCCUUGGAGAAAGACACAAUCACACUCACCUGCAAUACCUCAGGCAGCAAGCCAGCAGCUGACAUCCGAUGGUUCAAGAAUGACAAAGAGAUUAAAGGUGUAAAGGAAGUGAAUGCCAGUGGAAAGACUUUCACGGUAAAAAGUACCCUGGAGCUAAAAGUGGACCGGAAGGAUGAUGGAGUCACAAUCACCUGCAGAGUUGACCAUGAAUCUCUUAGCUCAGCACCACAGCUUGCUACACAGGUUCUUAAAGUUCAUUAUGCUCCUAUUGUGAAGAUCAUCCCACCCCCUGAAUUGCCACAAGAAGGACACUAUUUAACAUUGGUCUGUGACUUCAAUGGGAAUCCCAUUCCUGAACCAGUUAUAUGGACAAAGGAUGGUGGGGAAUUACCGGAUCCUGACAGAAUGACUGUCAAUGGGAGGGAGCUGACAAUUGCUUUUCUAAACAAGACUGACAAUGGGACUUACAGGUGUGAAGUCAGCAACAGCAUUGGGCAGGACAAUGCAGAAUACGUACUGUUUGUGUAUGAUUUUCCCACAACUUUGUCUCCAUCCACAACCACACCUCCCCAAACCACAACAACAACCACAACCACAGUAUCGAUAGAAACCUGUGCAGCCACAUCUGCAGCAACUCCCAGCACCACAGCCAUGACAACAUCUAAAGAAUUGCCAGUCCCUGAAAAAGAUCCCAGUGCCCUGGCUGAUCAGACUGCAACUGACCAUGCAGUUAUCGGUGGAGUAGUAGCUGUUGUUGUCUUCAUCACCCUGUGUUUAAUAAUUGUACUUGGUCGAUACCUUGCAAGACAUAAAGGAACAUAUUUAACAAAUGAAGCAAAAGGUGCUGAAGAUGCCCCAGAUGCAGACACAGCCAUCAUCAAUGCAGAAGGCAACCAAGCCAAUGCAGAUGAAAAAAAAGAGUAUUUUAUUUAGAUAUGGCUCCAUUUAUGCUUACUGGAGUUGCUUCUAGUGAAAACCGGCAAUUAACAAUGCCCAUACUUAUAUAAUUACUUAUUGUGCCCUGGUACAUUUUUAAAAAAUCCUGCACACCACCGUUAAUAGCCGUUUUUUACAAGCAACCAGCUGCUAAACACAUCACCUUUUUUUAUUUAAAUAUUUUCUGUUUAACAAGAGCCUCUGAGUGAGAUAUAGUCAAUUUGCUUACAGAGUGCCUAAAUAUACAGACAUAUGUUUAACUUUGAUGGGUUAAUUUAUGUUUUAAAUGUAGAUUUUUUUUUCAGGGAGCAAUGUGUGAUGUUAUAAACGGCAUAUUUAAUCCUGACAGAUUGUAGAUUUGUGACAGACUUCACAUUCAUCCGUCACUUACAAAUGAGUUAAAAAAAAAAAAAAAAAACAUUCCUACUGAACCUUGUACAUAUUUUAGAAAUGAAAAAAAAAAAAGUUUGGACACUUAAGAGAUGAAGGUCCUUGUGUGUCUUUUUCUUGUCAACAAACCGGUUAAAAAAAGCCAUGAAACAGACAUGGGCCAUUUUAUUUGCAGAGGUACAAAUAUAUGAGAACAAAGUAAAAUAUGUGCUUUGUAAGGUAAGAUAGUAAUAGUUCAAAGAUUGUUAGGAUUAGUAGACAAGCAUUUUUGCUUAAGAUUUUUGACUUGUCAUCUGAUCAGCAUUUGAAACCAGUUAACUGUAUUAUAGUUUAUAUGAUAGCAUGUUACACUAAAGAUCCAAGUAGUGUUUAUCAAUUUAAGCCAACACAAAACCACGUGUUAAAGUAGAUGUGACUAUCUGAACACCAAAAAGCACAAUCUACAAAACCGUCUAUGUUGAUUUGAAUUGCAUCUUAAUAACUAUUUACUUUGUAUGUCUGUAUAUUCCAGCACUGUUUAGUUAUAGGUUUUUCUUGUCUUAAUUUGAUAAAAACUGGAAGCACAAAAUUAUAAGGAGAAACAGUAUUAAGCUACCAGCCUGUAUACUGCCUCAGGAUUAGGCUGUGAAAUGAGAUUGUUUUAAAUUUGCUGUCCUGUUACAGGCCAGUUAAUAAAUACUGCUGUACAUCGAGAUUUGAUUAGCAAAAUGUUCCAUAUCCACCUGGAAAAAAAUAUUUGAUCAAAAAAUUUGAAAAACAAAUUUUUUCUUUAUAUAAUGAGUAAGCUCCCUUGUUAAUACAGCUGUAUAUUAUGUCUGCUAAAUGUGGUUAAUAGUGAAAAUUGAUGUUAGACUUUGAAUCUCUCAUACCCUAAAUUUGUAUAUUAGCCAAUUUAUCUAUUGAAAAUAAUCUAUACAUAUUUUCAAUUUAUCUACCAUUUGUCAUUGCUCAUAUUUUAAAAUGCAUUUUUUUUUCCGAAGGCAUGUACAUACUGUGUAAGUACUAAAACUUAGUAAUCCAGAGUCGUUGUUGUUUUGUUUUUGUUUAUUUCAGCUGUUCUGCAAACGCAUUCAAGUUUUAAGCUCUUGCUUUUUUGAGGGAGGGUAUUACCAUAAAGCGCAUUAAUAUCCCCUGGUCAUGCUUGUAAAUGCUGCUGCAUUAGAUCAGGUGAUAAUUAUUAAACCCUGGUCUAGCAGCAUGAUUGGGAUCAGUUCCAAAUAUUGGGUGAAACAGAAAUGACGUUCUAAAAAUUCCAACGUUGCCAAUAAAAGCUAGCUCCAACUGUCAACACAGAACCUGAGUGCCAUGAAGGCAUUGUCAUACAAGCAACUUUUGUUUACGUCGACAAGAGGGAGACUUGUUUUCGGCGUGUUGCCUUUUGUGACUAUGUUGGUCAACAUGCUGUCAACAACCUGAUAACAGCCAGCAACCUGUUGCCCAGUUUAGGACACUGUUCUAUUUUGCUGACAACACACUCAAUACAAGCCAAUCAUAUUUGAUGUUAAUGUCACAUGGUAAAUUUGCUUUUAUAUUUUUUUAUAUUCAGAACUCAGUGUCAGUAACUCCCAUUAUUCUGAAUAUGAAAGCAUAAUUUGAUGUGAUGAGUAGGCUAGGCUAUUUGAAAUGAAGAUGCAAUUACGCUUCUAGCUCACCAUUAGAAUGAAACACCUGUCUUGUGAUUAAUCCUGGUAAAUAAAGCAACUUAAUAAAUAAUGGUACAUGUUUAAGUCAAUGCGACAAAUACUGUAGCUGAUUCUAUAGUAUUUGGUUUUGGUUUUUCUAUAUUUGAAUUUAUACAAGAAAAAAAUAGUUGUUUUUUUCCUUAGUUUAUAACACAUUCAUGUUUAACCCUUCGUCAACUGUGAAAAUUCUACCCUUUUGAGGUCUGACUGACCACAAAAGGGUAAACAGUGCUAUGCCUUUGUAAAAUGCUAAAAGUAUGAAGAUUAUUAAGAAAACAGUGUUUAUACUCGAAGGUGAAGUAUACACUACGAUUACUUUGUUUUGAAUGAAAAUGUUAUUUUCUUUUAUAAAAUAAGUCCCCAUAAGUGUAAUUUAGUGAUCUCCAACCUAAAAUACUGUAAAAUUACCAGUGGUAGCCACAACCCUCAGGAACUAGGAUCAGAUUUAGAUUUUACACCAAAUUGUUUGACGGGUGUGCAGGCUUGUCUACUUCAGAUUAUUUACUAGAAUCAGUGUGAAGAACAUCUUCUGUAAAAAAUAUUUUUUUUCUAAGCUUUCUUGGUUAUGUAAUGCAGUUUAGUAUGCUCUCCGGUAAUGCCUGCGUUCUGAAGCCAAGGUAUACUGUAAUCAAAAGCUUAGAUAGUGAAAUGCUGCACUGCAUAUAAAUAAGUAUGUCUAUUGGCUUGGGGGUUUAGUGAAAUGCCUUUUGAUUGGCGAGUCAUCUCUGAAGUUUCUCCCGUGAAUAUUUCACUACAGUCAAUAUUUAGUUAAUUUCUUUUUGGGUUAAUGAAAAUUUUGGACAAUCUAGUAUGAUUUCUGGUAAGCUUUCUACUGGUGAUCGCCGAAAUUUACUUUAGUUUUGAAACUUGCUGUAUUGGCUACAAUUUAAUAAAACCAUCACUGAUUGGUUGUUGAAGCCUUUAGAGAAGUAUGUCACUUGGUUGUUUAACCCUUUGCAGUCCAUUUAUUAAGUGCGCGUCAGGUCCAAUUUAUUUCCACACGCGCAGUUAAUUUUAGACGCGCUGUUUAAAAGUAUUUUUUUUCCACAGUCAAACGGGUUUAAAAGGCCCUGCAUAUCAACAAAGCACUCACUAGGCAUCUCCAGCCCCGCCCCACCCUUUCGUUCGCUAUAGCUUUCACAUAUGCUAAGAAAUAAAUAAUAAUAAUAAUAAUAGUUGUACAUACCGAUCAAUCAUCUCCUGAUCACUCGUUUUAUCACCACACUCCUCAAUAAUGCAAUCCAAGUCAUUAUUUUAUUACUAUAACAUCUCAAAAAAGCUCUGCAAAUGUCCGUGAUAGUCUCUGUGCGCUGAUACAGUAACAGCCAGCUUGUUUCCUUAUGACCGCCCCUAUGUGAUGCCAGGGGCAAGUAUGACUAUUCAUGAGAGACGCCUUUUUUUAAUUUUUUUAAAUUUUUUUAAAUUUUAUCGGCUUGUCUCGGCUCCUGUCGCUCCCACUCGGCCAUUGAAUGGUUUUCACAGCUUUUUUCCGGAGAAAAAACGACUAGAAACCCGAUUUUUGUGUUUUUUUGAUGAUGUCGGCCAGGGUCCGACAAUGGACCGGAUAGGAAUAAUUGCAAUGUCGGACCAGGUCUGACAUAGGACCGCAAAGGGUUAAAAAGCCUUACAGUGGGUGUCUAACAUUUUCUUCAUCUAAUAUCGUUAGUAUUAAAUCAUCAGCAGCGGCUUUUCUUCACUUUAAGUUUUAUUCACGUCACAUAUAACAUGAAUAUUGAUUGGUUCACAUUGCCAGAAUGCUGGCACCUUGUUGACAGCAGGACAGUUACAAGGCAACAAACGUCGGUCUUGUGGCCAUCAACAAAGCUGCUUGUGUGCCCAGGCCUUUAGGCAUGGAAAGCUGUUAUGAGGAAUUGUAAUCUGAACAGCACUUUCCUCUCUUUACUUCUUGAGCUUUAAAGUUCCUAACAAUAGAACUACAUUUUUGCCAAAAACACAGAAAAAUGAUGUUGUCUUGGUAUGAUUUAAAAACAAACACUGCAUAACCUUCCCUACAUAAACAUGAUUGUAUGCUUUUUUCAAAUUGUACUUAUCAAUAAUAUCUGGAAGUAAGAAAAAAGGUACAAAUACAUUUACAUUCAUGGGAUAUCAAACAAACAUAGACGUAAUAAAUUGGGACCAUUUUCAUUGGCACUAAAACAGGACAAUUGAGACAUGUUUGUUUAGAUUACUCUUCUUUACAACAGUUACAUUGUCAAUGAAUAUUUAUCAAAAUCUAUCAAGCUGCUUAAAAAAAAAACAAUCACGAUGAUUGCCUCUGUGUUUGCAAUAAACAAUAGUCAUGGCACGUUGAAUAGUUGGCUCUGAAAUGCAAAAAAAAACGUUCACCCCAAAAGUUAUUUCAAAGCAGUAAAAACAUUU